AUGGAAAAUGGAACUCUCUUUUAUUUCUCCAUGUUUGAAAAUAUGGGGGAGGUACGAUUUCUUUUUUUCAGUUUGGGAUUUAUUGUAUACUUCUUAAUUGUAUUCUUUAAUGUAGCCAUAAUUUUCAUAAUAGUUCUGGAAACUGCACUGCAUCAGCCUAUGUACAUUCUGAUUUCAUGUUUGUCACUCAAUUCACUUUAUGGUACUGCUGGCUUGUUUCCAAGAUUACUAACUGAUUUAUUAUCAUACACACACACAAUCUCUCGCCAUGCAUGUCAUGUACAGGCUUUUGUCAUUUACACUUAUGCAUCAAACGAAUACACAAUCUUAACUUUAAUGGCAUAUGAUAGAUUUGUUGCUAUUAGUAAACCCUUACAAUACCACAGUAUUAUUACACCUAAGAAUCUUGCUGUUAUGAUUGCUCUGGCAUGGAUUUGUCCAAUGUUUUCAAUUGGUAUUGGAUUCAUUUUGACUGCUAGACUUAAACUGUGUGGGCAUGACUUAACAAAACUGUACUGCAGCAACUGGGUAAUAGUAAGACUCUCCUGUACUGAUACUUCGUUAAAUAAUAUUUUUGGGUUUAUAGUGCUCAUAACAACAGUUUUCAUUCCUUUGAGUUUUAUUUUGUUUUCCUAUGUUAAAAUUCUUAUAAUUUGUCAAAGAAACUCAUCAGAAUUCAGAAGAAAAGCUUAUCACACUUGCCUUCCUCACAUAGUGACCUUUGUAAAUUAUUCAAUAACCAUUUUGUGUGAGAUCACAUUCAGCCGCUACGAAGAUGGUUUUUUCCCUCAAGCAAUCGCUGUUAUUUUAUCUUUGGAGUUUUUGACCAUACCCCCACUAUUAAAUCCACUAGUUUAUGGCCUAAAAUUUCCAGAUAUUCACAGAAAAAUUCAACACAUUCUGAAAACAUCCAAAAGAAUUUAUUCUAGCUAA